CCUAAAAGCACACCUGAUUUUAGGAAGAGACUAUUUUUUUUUUCCUGUAGUUGUUCAAAGUCAAUUGGAGAAUUGAGUUGCAGAAAGAAACAUAUUUGGACUUCGGUAUCGACCAAUCCCCCUUUGCCGCCUUGCUCUGGAGGAGUUUGAGGUACCAGAGACGGAAGAAAUGGAGAUGCUGUAAACUGCAAAAGUGCAACUUUAUUCCUCGAGAAACUGAGAUAAAUGGAUUUGGAGUCGGUGAAGAGAUUAUUAGAGAGAGGGGGAGAGGAGACUGAAAGUGCUUCAAUCGAUGCAGUGUCCAACAAAGUUUCGUUUUUUGACCGUCUUACUUUGCAAGGGAUUCAAGUGGAUCUCAUUGAACCAGGUCGACUUGUCUGCUCCAUGAAAGUCCCUCAUUACCUUGUGAACUCUGGUAACUCCCUGCACAGUGGGGUGACGGGAACACUGAUAGACAUAGUUGGGGCAGAAGCAAUCCGUACUGUUGGAGCUAAAACAACCGGUAUUGCUGUUGAGAUCAAUGUCACAUACUUGAGAUCAAUUUUCCCUACAGAUGAAAUUGAAAUUGAGGGGAAAGUGUUACAUGCUGGGAAGGCAAUUGGAGUUGUCAGUGUUGAGUUGAGGAAUAAGAAGACUGGGAAGAUAAUUGCACGGGGACGUCACACCCAGUAUCUUGCUGUAUCUAGUAAAUUAUAAGGAUCCUAUUACCUUUUCCAUUGCAUGUACAAAAGCAUCAUAUUGGAGCCUUCUUUCCAUUGGAAAAGGAGAAAAUUGAUUGAUGAACCAAUAAUUUGUUAGUCAUCUACUAAAUCCAUCUGUAAAUUGUUGCACACUCUGACUUGAGAAGUGUCAAUGGACAUUGUGAUUAUAUCUUCAGUCUGUAGGCAUGAGUAAAAAGCCAAAGUUGUUUAAGUGA